AUGGAGCUGGCACCGGAGCUGGCAUAUAGUGGAGUGGGCACCGGAAGGGGCAUUGGAGCCGGCAUUGGAGCUGGCACAGCAGCUGGCAUCGAGGCGAACGCCGGAGUAGUCACUCGAGCGGUCAUCGGAGCGGACACAAGAGCGGGAACACGAGCAGGAACACGAGCGGGAACAGGGGUGGGCACAAGAGCGGGCACAGGAGUGGGCGUUAGAGCUGGCACUGGAGCUGGCACUGGAGCGGGCACCGGAGUGGGUACCGCAGCUGCCACCAGAGUGAGCAUCAGAGCUGGCACUGGAGCUGGAAGCGAAGCGGGCACUGGAGCUUGCAGAGAAGCGGACACUGGAGCUUGCAGAGAAGCGGGCACUGGAGCUGGCAUGUAUUUGAGGCGGCACUGCAGCCGGGAUCUAAUGGAGCUGGCACUGGAACGGGCAUUAGAGAUAGCAUUCGGACAGCCCCGGCUAGAGCUGGCACUGGACCUGGCAUUGAAAAUCGGAAAUAGAUCUCCAGAGCAAAAUCUAGGCUUUUAUGCGACAUGGCCGGGAAAACAAACCAUGAGACGGCUAAGACAAAAUUAA